GCGACAUGAUCAGCGGCAGGCCAGUCGACGGCGUCAGCUUGUAGAUGUCAGCCAGCCGGAUGAAGUCGGGCCACUCACACCACACCGCCCCGCCAUGCUCGAGGGCAUAGCAGCACUGGCACAGGUAACCGAAGUGCGACACAUGAGGGCCGCCACCACCAGCAGCGGCCGGUGCGUCACUGCUGCUGCUGGUGGUGGUCGGAGGGGCAGGGGUGGGCGCCGCGGCAUUGGCUGUGUCUGCUGCUGUCCGGUGCACGUCGAUGAGGCCGGUGAGGUUGGUGUCCGUGAGGUGCUUGUCAAUUUGACGCUGCACGAAGGCCUCAUUGACGAGUUGGCUGCCGUGUGCCCUGCUGAUGGGGCGGGCCGAGCAGACGGCCUCAUCGAUGGGCAGGCACGGGUAGAUGACGUCGCGGCAGACAUCAGGCGGCAGGCCGUCGGCCGAGUCGGCGGGCGGGCCCAGCCGAUGGGCCGAAUGGUGCCCUUGACGCCAUCCUCGACGUCGCCCAGCGCAUCUUUAGCCGACGAGAGAGCGGCGAAGACGUUCACCCACUUAUCGGCGAGAAAGGGCGUCUGCACCAAACACACACACAGACAACCAGAGAGAGUGACAGCUGCAGUGCUCUCGUGUGUGUGUGUGUGUGUGUGCGGUUGACCUGUGCGGCGACUGUGGUGUUGAAGAGCUGUUGCACACCGGCAGCCUCUCGUGAAACCUGCAAGUACCGCACACACACACAGUGGAUGAGAGCACACCAGCAGUGAGGCCAUUGGGCCUCUCAUGCGCCACGUGUCUGAUCUAUGUGUGUGUGCAGCGAUGCGAUGCGCCCUUCCAGACGAACCAAACCCUCACUGAUGGACUGAAACACACACACACAAUCAGUGAUGGCCGUGUGUGCGCUCUCUCGAGUGAAUGCGUUCGCUUCUCAUUUGCUCACCGGUGUGCCGCCUGUCUGAGCUGACGCAGCAGAGUCGCCAUCCUGUUGUGUGCCGAGUCGCCGCUCUCCUUCAACACUCAU